UAUGGAGUGACACAUCAGUGUCCAAUGUAGUGGUUUAUCUGCAAGUAUACCAUCAACACUGACACAAAUACAAGAAAACAGCCUUUGAAUAGCUGUCCACUGUAGUGACCACUAUACGUGAAAGAGUUAAAGCAAUCAAAGUCAGAUCUGUUCAGCCCAGCUGGUAAAUAAUAACAAACACACUAUAAUAAACUAAUAAAAGAUAAAAGCAACAAUGUCAAAAAUGAAUGUAGUAAUAAACCCCCAAAGAAUCUGUAUCAAUACUCGAUAAGAAAUUACUGAAACAAAAAAUAAGAUUCAAUUUAACAAACAACUCAACAGGAAUUAUCUCAAAAUCAAAGAAAAAAAAAAGAAAAUGAAUUUAGCAAUUGACUCACGCAAUUAUCUAUAUAUUAAACAGAUACAAACAGCACGGUGGUAAGCACCAUUACCGCAUUGUCCUGAGUUCAAUUCCACCAUCAGGCCGGGGUCUUUCUGUGUGGAGUUCUCUGCGUGUUUUUGUGGGUUCCUUACUCCGGCCUCCUCCCACAGUCCAAAGACAUGCAGUUUGUGGCGAUAGGUUAAUGGAAUAAUCUAAAUUGCCCAUAGCUGUGAAUGCGGGAGUGAAUAUGAACGCGAAUGGUUGUCUGUCUCUGUGUGUUAGCCCUGCGACAGACUGGCGAGCUGUCCAGGAUGUACCCCGCCUCUCGCCCUAUGACAGCUGGGAUAGGCUCCAGCACCCCCCGCGACCCUGAAAACGAUAAGCGGAAACUGGAUGGAUGGAUAAAAAUCAAUCAAAGAAAAUCAUAUGGCAAAAACAGAGUAGUAAUUAAUUUUAGAACUGUUUAUUAUUAUCAAUCUGACAAAAUCAAUUAUAAGAUCAAAAUGCUAAGAUCAGAUGCAAAAACAAAACAGCUAACCCCCAGACUGUUAACUUGUCAUCAAUCAAUAACAGAAAUGUAUCCCAAAAUCAACUGCUUACCAACUAAUAAAAAAUCAAUUAAAAUGAUCAGAAUGCAGAAACAAAUAUAAAAAAAACACCAGUUAAUUCUAUACUUUUUUCCUGAUAUCAGAAAUCAACUUAAAGAAAACAGAAUACAAAACCCAAUUAGCAGUUAACUCUAUAGUUAUUAAAUUUUUACCAAACAAAAACAAGAGUCAGUUUAAUAUUUAUCCUCUAAAUAUAUCAGGUAAAAAAGGUCAGUUUAAUAUGUAAUUUUUCAGAAACAAUUAAUCAUUUAUCAAACAAAAAUGAAGUUCAAUUUAGAAUUUAACUUCAGAAACAGUUACUCAAGAAAUUGUUUUUCACUCUCUGGCUUCCGUAAAUAACCAUGAUCAUGUGCUUGUAGUCAUUUAUGUGGUUAUCAUGUGUUUAUUUCUAUACUGUUGAGGACCACUACUGUUUAUUAAAGGAGAAUUCCCUCCUUACAGUGACAAUGCUUAAGCUCUAUUGCGGUUAUUGUUUUAUACAGUUCCAGUGUCCACUCAAAAUUGUUUAAAUGUGUUAUUCACCAUUAUGUUAUUUAAUCCAUAUUUUAUUUUUAAAACUUAGCCUUUUACUUUAACCUCCUAGGACCUGGUGUUCACAUAUGUGGAGAUCAAACCAAAAUACUCAAUUUACAAGGGACUAAUAUUCACUUAUGAGGACAUUAUACUGCCACUGUUCUAUCGAAACUUUAAACGAACAUCCUCAUAGGUGGCUCUCAUUUUUCUUAGAAGCAAAAAUCAGGUAAAAACAUCUGGUAAUUCUUUGUUUUUACAUUCAUCAGGCCCCAAUAUGCCCAAAUAUCAAAGGGAAAUUAAAAAUGCAUGCCAUGGAAGAGUUCGGGUUUUAGGAGGUUAAGCUGGUUUAAUUUCUUCUCAUGCUCUUGAUUUAUUUCCUUGUUUGAUCUUUAUAUAUAUGAUUUCCUUGUUCUUAGUAAAUCUCUAUUUAACCUGUUUUUAAUCUGACCUUUAAACCUUGUAAUCUUGUAACAUGUUUUAACCUUUGAACUAUUUAUUUCUUGUAAUAAAAACAAAACCUUGUAUUGGAUGGUUGAUGGCUGUUGAAAGUGUGGUGUUGGUUGGAAGUGUGGUGUUUGUUGGAUGUGUGCUGUUUGUAGGUGUGGUGGUGUUUGUUGGACGGUUGGUGAUUGUUGAAUGUGUGGUGUUCAUUAGAAGUGUGUUGUAGUAGGUCUUGUCGUGUUUGUUGGAUGGUUAAUGGUUGUUGGAAUUGUAGUGUUUGUUGGAAGUGUGGUGUUUGUAGGUCUGGUGGUGUUUGAUGGAUGGUUGGUGGUUGUUGGGAGUGUGGUGUUUGUAGGUCUUGUGAUGUUUGUUGGACUAUUGGUGGUUCUUGAAAGUGUGGUGUUUGUAGAUGUGGUUGUAUUUGUUGGACGGUUGAUAGUUGUUGGAACUGUGGUGUUGGUUGGAAGUGUGAUGUUUGUAAACGUGGAUGUAUUUGUUGGACGGUUGAUAGUUGUUGGAAUUGUAGUGUUUGUUGGAAGUGUGGUGUUUGUAGUGCUGGUCAUGUUUGUUGAGGGGUUGAAAGUUAUUGGAAGUGUAGUGUUUGUUGGUCUCGUGGUGUUUGUUUGACGGUUGGUGGUUGUUGAAAGUGUGGUGUUUAUCGGAAGCGUGGUGUUUGUAGAUGUGGAUGCAUUUGUUGGACGGUUCGUGGUUGUUGGAAGUGUGGUGUUCAUUGGAAGUGUGUUGUUUGUAGGUCUUGUUGUGCUUGUUGGACGGUUGGUGGUGGUUGGAAGUGUGGUGUUCAUUGGAAGUGUGAUGUUUGUAGGUAUGGGGGUGUUUGUUGGACGGUUAGUGGUUGUUGAAAGUGUGGUGUUGGUUGCAAGUGUGGUGUUUGUAGAUGUAGAUGUAUUUGUUGGACGGUUGGUGUUUGUUGGAAUUGUAAUGUUUGUUGGAAGUGUGGUGUUUGUAGGUCUUGUGGUGUUUGUUGGUCGGUUGGUGGUUGUUGGAAGUGUGGUGUUGGUUGGAAGUGUGAUGUUUGUAAACGUGGAUGUAUUUGUUGGACGGUUGAUAGUUGUUGGAAUUGUAGUGUUUGUUGGAAGUGUGGUGUUUGUAGUGCUGGUCAUGUUUGUUGAGGGGUUGAAAGUUAUUGGAAGUGUAGUGUUUGUUGGUCUUGUGGUGUUUGUUGGACGGUUGGUGGUUGUUGAAAGUGUGGUGUUUGUUGGACGGUUGGUGGUUGUUGAAAGUGUGGUGUUUAUCGGAAGCGUGGUGUUUGUAGAUGUGAAUGCAUUUGUUGGACGGUUCGUGGUUGUUGGAAGUGUGGUGUUCAUUGGAAGUGUGUUGUUUGUAGGUCUUGUUGUGCUUGUUGGACGGUUGGUGGUGGUUGGAAGUGUGGUGUUCAUUGGAAAUGUGAUGUUUGUAGGUCUUGUUGUGUUUGUUGGAUGGUUGGUGGUUGUUGGAAGUGUGGUGUUCAUUGGAAGUGUGAUGUUUGUAGGUAUGGGGGUGUUUGUUGGACGGUUAGUGGUUGUUGAAAGUGUGGUGUUGGUUGCAAGUGUGGUGUUUGUAGAUGUAGAUGUAUUUGUUGGUCGGUUGUUGGUUGUUGGAACUGUGGUGUUGGUUGGAAGUGUGAUGUUUGUAAACGUGGAUGUAUUUGUUGGACGGUUGAUAGUUGUUGGAAUUGUAGUGUUUGUUGGAAGUGUGGUGUUUGUAGUGCUGGUCAUAUUUGUUGAAGGGUUGAAAGUUAUUGGAAGUGUAGUGUUUGUUGGUCUUGUGGUGUUUGUUUGACGGUUGGUGGUUGUUGAAAGUGUGGUGUUUGUUGGACGGUUGGUGGUUGUUGAAAGUGUGGUGUUUGUUGGACGGUUGGUGGUUGUUGAAAGUGUGGUGUUGGUUGCAAGUGUGGUGUUUGUAGAUGUAGAUGUAUUUGUUGGACGGUUGGUGUUUGUUGGAAUUGUAAUGUUUGUUGGAAGUGUGGUGUUUGUAGGUCUUGUGGUGUUUGUUGGUCGGUUGGUGGUUGUUGGAAGUGUGGUGUUGGUUGGAAGUGUGAUGUUUGUAAACGUGGAUGUAUUUGUUGGACGGUUGAUAGUUGUUGGAAUUGUAGUGUUUGUUGGAAGUGUGGUGUUUGUAGUGCUGGUCAUGUUUG